AUGCUGCUUUCUCUCCUUGAAAGGACUAGUAUCGCAGAGCUUAAAGCUUCAGCACCACAGACGCCGCACCCCCGCACAAGCGACCCCUCUCUGGUCCAAAACGCGCCAACGAUGGAUACGAAGGAUAUACUACUGAGGGAGAUGGUCGUUCGCGGAGAGGAAACUUCAAGGAUGAAGGAUGCAUGUGGAUGGCAAUCUGCAGACACCAGACUCGAUUAUACUCCGUCUUCUUAGCGUCCCGCGCACAAAAGCGUGCAGCUUGGCUAUGCAUUUACAUUGACAAUCCUAACGAGCCCACAUACACACACCCAUCCGUCCUUCGUGAACAGGGGUUUCAAGUUCGCCGCCGCCCCAGUCACCUUCAACGUUGUUUUCGAGCCCAAACAACCCCCUCAUCUUGGCCAAACCGUCCUAUCUCCCACUCGAAAGUCGUCUCUUCCGCCUUUCCCCCAGAUAUCGGGCUUACAAGCCCUAUCAAGCAUAUCUUGUCCGCUCGUGUCUUCCUUUCAUCCAAGUUCCUCCGCCCUCGUUUGCGGCUUGCUUUUUUGUCACCCCUCUUCCGGAGCCGAGCGGCUUCGCUAUCGACUUUGAAGACUGCGGAAAGCGAAGCCGCCAAUCAUAGGCUUGGUGGUGAACGGCGCUCAAGCAUGGUCGGCCGGCGUGGUCGUGGUCGUGGUCGUCGCCAACAGAGAGGAUAA